AUAGCGGCCGCUCAUGCCCUUCCACGCCGCGGGGGGAGCUGCAAAAGCCGGAGCUGGAGGCGACGGCGCAGGGAGGGUGGAGAAGAGACGCGGAGACGCAGUGCGUUAGCCUGACACCAUGGUGGGUGAAGAAAAUAUCUCCGUAAGGAAUCGCCGAUUAACUUAUGAGACUGCAGAAGAGAAAGAAGACUUGUCAAAGAGGCAAGAAGAGAAAGAAGGCUGGUCUUUCCCACAAUCAAGCAAUGGUCGUGUUGACGUUGACCAUUUGGUCACUCGAAAGAUGCAGCUUUUGGUGGAGGCAGAGCAAAUGAAGCCAGCUUUCAUGCAGCGGAUUGACAGCCACUUUACAGAAUUUGUAAAUGGCUUGAUUGCAAAGUCCGUGCAGCUUGAGUCUUCUUCGCCCCCUGCCUUCUCAACUGGGUGCUCAGAGAAAGAUGGUGGCUUCAAAAGCAAAGGAUCAAGAGCACCUCCAGAACAUGGGAAAGUUUUUGUUGCUAGAAAGUCUGUCUUGGAUGAGCUAUUUGAAGUGGAACACAUCCGGACCAUAUAUCACAUGUUCAUUGCUCUCCUCAUCUUGUUCAUUCUCAGCACCCUCAUCGUAGACUUUAUUGAUGAAGGAAGGUUGGUGCUGGAGUUUGAUCUCCUGGUCUUCGCUUUUGGCAAAUGUUCUGUCGUUGCUUCCACUUGGCUUUACAUGUUCCUGUCCACCCUGACUGUGCCCUAUGGGCUCUUCCUGCUUUGGGCCCAGGGCUACCAUGGUUCCGCCCACAAGACAAUCCGCUCCGCUUUCUUUGGGGGUCUCUUCAUGAUCUUCCAGAUAUUUGGGCUUGGAGUGGGACCAGCUUACAUUGCCAUUGCCUACAAUUUACCCCCAGCCUCUGCGUUCAUAGUGAUACUUGAGCAGGUGCGUCUGCUGAUGAAAGGCUACUCUUUCAUUAGGGAGAAUGCUCCUCGAAUACUUUCCUUUACACCACAGAAGACAAACACCGUCCAAGUUCCUAAAGUUUCCCAGUACCUGUAUUUCCUCUUUGCUCCCACCCUUAUUUACAGAGAUGACUAUCCCCGAAAUCCUAACAUAAGAUGGAGCUAUGUAGCUACCAAGUUUGCACAGGUCCUUGGGUCACUCUUCUAUACUUACUAUAUAUUUGUGAGACUCUGUAUACCUACAUUUCGGAACUAUAGUCAGGAGCAUUUAAAUAUACGAGGGCUGGUCCUUUGCAUCUUCAACUGUAUUCUUCCAGGUGUGUUGAUGCUGUUCUUGACCUUUUUUGCAUACCUUCACUGCUGGCUGAAUGCUUUUGCUGAGAUGCUGCGGUUUGCUGACAGAAUGUUCUACAAGGACUGGUGGAAUUCUACAUCUUAUGCAAAGUAUUACCGAACCUGGAAUGUGGUGGUGCAUGACUGGCUGUAUUACUAUGCAUACAAAGAUUUCCUUUGGUUAUUUGGGAAAAAAUUCAAAGCAAUUGCUAUGCUGUCAGUCUUCACUCUUUCUGCUAUUGUGCACGAAUACGUCUUGGCCGUUUGCUUUGGUUACUUCUAUCCGGUCCUGUUCUGCCUCUUCAUGUGUUUUGGAAUGGUUUUCAACUUCAUUCUCCAUGACCGUCGGAAAGGCCCCAUUUGGAAUGUGUUCAUGUGGAGUACGCUCUUCCUUGGCCAGGGUGUCUUACUUGCCCUCUACAGCCUGGAAUGGUAUGCUUAUAAGCACUGCCCUUUGAAAAACCCCACUUUCCUUGACUAUGUGAAACCGCGUUCCUGGACUUGCCAUCUUAAGUUCUGACACCCUUUGGGAUAUCCCUCUACGUCAAGGCCAGAAGAUGCUUGUCUUUUAAACAAUGGCGACAAGUUGGGCUAGCGUGUUAAAAAGACUGCAGUCUUUUUAAAGGGAAACUGUCUCUAGUUAUGGCAAAUGAUGGCAUUUUUUCACUCAAGGCAGCUAGGACUGCAGGUGGCUUGGCAGAUGGUUCUCUUUCCUUCGGCAGCUCCAACCUGAGCCAUUUCCAUGCUGGUCAUGAAACCUACUGAAAGGUUGGUGAAGGAAUUUCCGGUGAAGUUUUUUUGCCUUUUGCAAACAGUACUCUAUGUGUUACUACUUUUCUCUCUUACCUGUCUGAAAUAGGCAGUAUUGUGAUUGGGGUUAGGCUUGCCUGUCUGACCGUAACCGUCCUUCCGAAUUGCCUUUUGAAACGGGACACUUGCUCAGUAUUUGUAUGCAUUCUUUUGCUUGUUGCUACAGCACAAUAUGUGAUGGAGCCAGUGGCCCACAAA